GCAGUCCGCUGUUUGCAAUUUUGUGUUGCCUGUCGCCGCAGCGUUGAAUUUGAGUUGCAGGAGAAGUGAAUGUGUGCGACAGGACCCUCUUCCGAUUUUCACCAAAUUUUUCCUUAGCAGCAGGCCUGCAGUCAACUUUCGGCUGGGGAAGUAAAUUUUUGUAUUUACUGCAUAAGUAAAUGUUCAGACCAGCCUUUAAAAAAAAAAAACAUAAUACAUAUUCUAAAUUCCGUUUUUAAAACAGUAAGUUUUGGCAAAUGAUUUGGUCCACCCUGAUAAGGGGCGUCAGCUUGCGCCAGGGCAGCUCCUCCAGUUCUAGUAAGCCUCCAAAGCCGCCAAGUCCACCAAACUCACCAAAGCAGCCUUCCGACAAAAAGGAAUCCGAGCUUCGCACGUUUUGCCAGCCGGCUGCCUUUUGCGCCGAAGCAGAUCGCUUCAAAUCCAUGUGGGAUCCGCCGAAGAACCUGCCCCCGCCGUAUCCCUUUGUGGUAGCCCGCUCCAAUGAGCUGUGCUGCGGUCCCAACUGCACCAAGCCGCUGCCCUCGUUCGACGAGCUGUACUACCGACCCUCCAGCAAGGCCGGACCCUUCCAGCGCCACUGGGUGGAGUGUCCCAAGUUCAUGAUUCGGCAGAAGAAGAUCUGCGCCUACGACAAGCUGGAGACCCUGGAUCCCGCCCGCCGAGUGGCCAAGCGGCGUGAGAGGACCACAUUGAGUCCGGCCGCCACAGGACCAUGUCCCCACUUCGCUCCCUUGGCGCGAUGCGUACCCGGUCGUCGUCCGCCCAGGUGCCAUGCGGCCAAGACGCCCUCCUGCUGCCGCAGGCUGUGUUGCCCCAUGCCCUGCUGGUCGGACUGCAAGCAGCCCGUGUUGGCCAAAAGACCGCAUCGACCCAAGGAAUGCGAAUGCCGGUUUGCCCUUAGCCUUUGCGAAGCGGAGCGGGGUCGUCAGUGGGUCAAAAUUCACGGCGAGAACCACAUCUGCCCCAGUGCCGUCAAGAAGGCCAAGAAGGCGAGGAAAGCCAUGCUCAAGAAAAAGAAAGAUAGUCUCAAGAACGCGAAGAGGGAUAGUCGCAAGAAAAAAGAUAGUCCCAAGAAAGAUGAAGUCAACAAAAAUAAGGACAGCCCCAAGAAAGGAAAAGACAGUUCCACGAAAGAUGAGGACAAAAAAUAAAUAAAUAUAUUUUUAAUUUCA